AACAUAUAUUUUAAAAAUUUAUAUAAAUUUUAUUUAAUAACAUCAUUAAUUUUAUUAAAAUUAUUUAUUAAAAAUAUUCAUUGUCAAUGGAGUGAAGUUAAUCUUUUACCAAAAACUUAUGAACGUUACUUAAAUGAAAUGGAAAUUACAAUAAAUCCAACUGUUCAUCCAUGUGCUGAUUUUUAUGAAUUUUGUUGUGGUAAUUAUAGUGAAACUACAAAUGUUUCACCAUUUUUAUAUAAUUUAGAAGAUAAAUAUGAAACAUUUGUUAGUAAUCGUUAUGACUUUAAUACUGAAUUUGGUAUUAAAGCAAAAUUAUAUUAUGAAUCAAUGGAAAAUAAUUUUAAUGUAAAUGAUUCAUAUUUUAAAUCAACAAUUGAAGAUGGUGAUGAUAUACGAAAGAAACCAUUUCAAAAUUUUGAAAAUUUAUUUAUAGAAUAUGAACCAUUAUCAAAUUUAAUUGGUAUAUGGCCAUAUAAAUUAAAUGAUUGGGAUGAUAAAUUAUUUAAUUGGAUGAAAUUUACAUCAGAUUUAUGUUCAAUUGGUAUUAUAACAUUCUUUCAAUGUGUUUAUGCAAAAAAUGCUUUAUUAAUUGAACCAAUAACUACGCAAAUAAUUCAAAGAAAAAAAGUAAAACGUUUUAUGGAAAAAUUUGGUGCAUCAUCAAAAUAUGCUAAUACUGCAAGUUAUGAAUUAUAUAAUUUUUCUGUUAAGCUAUCAAAUAUUAAUGCAACAGAUGAAACAAUCACUGAAAUAUCAAAUACUAAUUGGAAAAUUGAAUUUAUAGAUGAAACAUAUGAAUUUUUAAAUUUAAGUGCAAGUGGACAUAAAAUUGUAACACAUUUUUCUUUAAGCCCACAAUUGGAUCAAAUAAUGGAAUUAGUGAAUAGUUAUGAUAAGAGAAUUAUUGCAAAUUUUUUAGUAUGGAAAUUAAUUCAGCAUAUAAAUGAAGAUGAAACAUACUCAUCAUUUUUAAACUAUUUCGAAUCAGCGAUACAUUUUGAAUAUAUCACGAAAUUAAUACGAGAAGAAGCACUAGAAUCAGCAAUGAAUAGAUUUUUAUCUGUAACAAGACGAUUUCAAAAAGUUCAUAACAAUAAUAUCGAAAAAAAAAUUUAUAAAUAUAUAAGUAAUAAAAUGAAAGAAGAAAUUAUUAAUGAAGAAUAUGAAUUAUUAGAAAUCGAUCCAAAAAGUUAUUUCACUAAUAUGUUUAAUGUGAAGAAAAACUAUAACAGAAAUAUUAUAUUGGGAAAAAUUAUAGAUCUUGAAGAGCAACCAAAUCAUCCAGUAUUUUAUUUUAGACUUUUUAUUAAUUUCGUAAUUUUAGUUGAACAACGUCCAAUAUUACAUUAUUUUAUAACAACUUCAUAUGAUUUAUGGUUAAAUGAACGUCAAGAUGCUAUAAAAAAUGAAUUUAUUACAGCUAAAACUGUAAUGGAAAAAGAAAUGGAACAAGAUAAUGGAAAAUCAGCAAUGACCGUUAAUAUCAAUGAUAAAGAUUUAAAUCAUUUGUUACCAAUAUACGAGGCAAUUGAAGCUUUUAAACAAGCUUAUGAAGAUUAUCAAAUGUGGUAUAAAAGUGAAGUUUUCCAUUUUAUGGAAAUUUAUUUUUUACAAUUUUAUGGUAUAGCACCAGAUAAUAUUUUAUAUAUUACAUAUGCUCAAUUAUAUUGUGGACGUGGUGGACCAUAUAAAUCAAAAAUUAAUACUAUGUUUAAAGCAAUGGAUCAUUUUAUUAAAGAAUUUCAUUGCUUUCAAAAUUUAUGAAAAUUAAAACUUUUAAGGAAAAAGUUAAAAUAAUAGGUCCUUUAACAAGACCGAAUUAUAUUUAACAUUAGUUAAUUUAUUAAAAAACAAUAAGCUCUUUCUUAUUAACUGGUUUUUUUACAAAAAUUAUAAUUUAAUUUUUUAUCAUAUUUACACUUUGACGUUGUCAAAAAAUAAUUCAGUUAUUUUUUAAUUUAGUUAUUUUUUUAAUUAGCCUCGAGAUUUAGUAUUUAAUAAAAUUAAAAUGAGUUAUUUUUUAUUUUAAUAUGUUUUGACGGAAUCUUCAACCUAAUAUUAAGACAAUAAAUAAUUUUGAAAAACAAACCUACGAAACUACCUGUAAAUAAUAAUGUUAUCUACGAUUUUACGCUAACAAAAUUUUAAUAUUAUACAUUUAACUAAAUCGACGACAUCUACUGGUAUGUAGAUUGACAGAAUAAAACUACAACUUUCAGAGAUUAUUAUUUAAGCUCUUUGACUUAAAAAUGAUUUUAACUCUAAUUUUAAGCCAUAAUAAUAUUAUAAUAGUCAUAAGAUAUUGUUGAAACCAAAACCAAGCUA